GCAUUACGAUGAGUGAUGUCUGAGCGCUUGAUUCUCGCGGUUGGUCAAUACUUGGAAGAAGUAGACGUGGUAGAUAGACAUGUCUGAGGAGGAGAACACUCCCAAGUUGAGACCAGCUGCGACAAAAAAGAAACACUAUACUCAUCCUGUUGGAGAAGUGAAAUGUAGGAUCUAUUCCAAUGCAGCGCAGAACUUGGCACUCCCAGAAAUAGAUGAGAACAUUGCUGACUCAGACGAGGACGAAGACCUGUAUGAUGAGCCAGUCAGUAAGAAGAAACGGCAGCCAUACAAGAAAACCUCAAGAAAGAAGAAGUCCAACAAUCCUGUGUAUCUGGACUCUGAUGAGGAGGAUAUCUCUUGUUACGGGACUCCUAAGAAGGCCCCGUCUGUCUCGUCAUUGGAUUCUCCAUGUUCCCCUCCACCUCCUCUAGAUCUAGCCAGUCAGUUGAUGCAGUAUGACCAAGAAACUUCCAAGGUUCUGAGAAGCAUCAACGUGGCUCUAACCAACGUCCGCUGCAUCCAGAGUGAAGUGUCUUCCCAAUCAGACGAUGGUUUCUCCCCUGCCCGCCGCAUCCCCGGGGGAACCAUCGCCGUCAUCGAUGUGGACUCUCCACCAGCUCCCCGCAUCCGCAGCACCAUCACUGUCAAAGUCCGGUCCAGGGCAGGCAUCAAGAGGUUCCCACUCCAGAUGACUGAUACAUUCAGCUCAAUCAUUGAUGAGAUUGCCAGCCAGGAAGGGGUCCGGAGAGACUGCGUGCGACUGACCAGAAAUGGCCAAGACGUCGGCGAAUUUGACACGCCUCAUUCCAUGGAGCUACACAUCGCUGACAUCAUCGACUGUCUGAUUGUCGAACCAGAGUGUCUGAUCGCAGCUCCUGAACAAAGGGUAGAGGUGACCAUCCAGGGGCAGGAGAAGAAAUCCACAAUGACCACAACGAUUCUGUGGAGCGACAGCCUGCAGAAGUUAAUGGCAGAGUACAGUACCUUCUGCGGACGACCCCAGCACAAAAUCAGGUUCACAUUUGACGGUGAUGUCAUCAAACCAACAGACACGCCCACCUCGCUGGAUUUCGAGGAGGACACAAACACCAUUGAUGCUAUAUUCAUUUAGCUGGUAAGGGUGUGGGUAAAGGGGGGAAGUUGCCCUGGGUGGGAGAAGGCAGGAUGGCACGGUUGGAACAGGGCAUAUUGACAAAUCACAUAUGCUCAGGUUACAUCUAUGCGUUUGUUAUCAAGAUAAACCAAAACCAACCGCUCAAGAUGGUUAGUUGGGAAGGAUAUUUCAUUGUGCCAGUGCAAAAAUUUCAAAACUGCAUAUUUUGCGAAAUUCGGGUAUUUUCUGAAUUUUGAUUCAUUACUUAAAGGUUGUUACAGGUAAAUUUCAUUUAAAAAGUUUGUGGAAUUUUGACAUAAUUCAAGUUGAAACGUCAUAUCUUUAUUACAUGCCUGAGCAUUCAUGCUAAAACAUGUCUCUGUGCACUCAUUGCAUAUAGUCGGGUUUGUGCAAAAACGUCUUAUAUCAAAAUUCAUCAAAGUUCAUAUUUUCCAGAGAUGCAAUGUGAAAGUGUUUAAUUUUGCUGUUUUUUCAAGCCUACUGAUCGUAACUUGAAACUAGCCCCAAAUCGUUCAGUUUUAUGAUAAAAGUGCAUCCAAGUCGAAUAGAUGAAGACCAAGUGUAAAUUUACGGAAAAUGUACCUUUUGCCACUGAUUCAGAAUUUUUGACAAAGAGGCUUUUUGUCAAAUGAAGGAAAUUGCAGUCAAACCCGAGCUGAUUUAGGGCUUCAUAGUAAAAUUUUGACUUCAUGAGAUUUAUCUCUUACAUGCCAUCGCGGUGUUUUAUGUAAAAAUGUCAUAUCAACAACUCACGACGUUUUAACCAAAAUAUGCAUAGCGUGUCAUUCAAGCAAAAAAUCUUGAUUUCAUUCCUUUCAAAGAUCAUUUAUUUGAAAUUAAUCAAGAUACCAAUGCCUGGAACAGAAUUGUUUUUGUAAAUACAUUUUCCUGUGAUUUAAUUUUGCACAACAAUUUACAGGGAAGCUGCAAACCUAUUUGUGGCUCCUUUCCUCAAAACUACUCAAAAUUGAGAUACAACAUUUUUUUAAUGAUUAAAUGAUUUGUCACCAGAACUUUUUGAAUAACCAGUAUUCAUGUUUUUCACAUAUGAAUUGAUGGUAAGUUGGAUUACUUCAGCACAGGUAUGAUUCUGUCAGAGUGUGUGAGCCUUCCUGAAAAAUUAUGGAAAUUAAUUUCCCCAAAAAAAAAUUGAAAAGAUUUCCUUUGAUGCUGAGAAAAACAUGACAUCAUAUAGCAUCACAUCCAUGCUAUGCAUAGCAGUUGUUUUCCUAGUGUUUGGAAGGUGUUUAUAAAUAUUUUCAUAUGCGUUUUUAUUCCAAACAGAUUUGUAUGCAUAAUGUGUAGCCAUCUCAUCGCAUUUUCAUUUAGUUUGAAGAGGAGUGAUCUCACGUAACUACUCAAGUCGUGUGUUCCAAUCAUGGACAUGGAUUCCUAAACUGUCAGGUUAUGGAAGUGCAUGUCUUGUCACGGAAAAGUAGUGGAUUUACAGUGGAUAUGUUAGGAAAGGGUCAUUAAUGCCCUGGAGAAGUCUUAGAAUUUCUUGAGUAUUAUUGGAGACUUUUUGGGGGGAAAAUCAUGGAUUUUUGAAGCCUUGCAGGCAGUAGGAUAACUGGGGUCUGUCGAGGAAACAGGAGGUUACUUUAAGUGGGCGGGGGCAGUCCGUACACCUACAGAAACUAACAUUUCACAUGGGGGGAGGGGCCCAGAUGUCAGGGGGGUAUGCCCUGCCUCUCAUGGUUGUAUAACUGCAGGAGCUUGGGGCCCAGAUGUCAGGGGGGUAUGCCCUGCCUCUCAUGGUUGUAUAACUGCAGGAGCUUGGGGCCCAGAUGUCAGGGGGGUAUGCCCUGCCUCUCAUGGUUGUAUAACUGCAGGAGCUUGGGGCCCAGAUGUCAGGGGGGUAUGCCCUGCCUCUCAUGGAUGCAUAACUGCAGGAGCUUCUUGAAGGCAGAGAUUCUCAGAGCCAUUCAGCUGAGAACCAGAGCCAUUCAGCUGAGAACCAGAGCCAUUCAGCUGAGAACCAGAGGCAGUCGGCCCGACAUGACGUGGCUUGUGUUUUUUGCUUUCACAAGAAUGUUUUUGUGCGUUCAGUGGCGUUGAGGGUUGGGAAAAAGCAAAAUCAGUAGAGGCAUAUUGGUAUCACAUAGUACUUUGAAGGGGAAAAAAAUUACUUAUGUGUAUUCGUAACUCAUUCAUGAUAUAUGGUGGACUUUCUGAAUACAUGCAAGUGUAAAAAGCAUAACUACAUUUAUAUACUUUGUAAUAAGAGUGUACAGUAUAUAUUGUUUUAUAAAGAUUUCUUGCUAACAUGUUUCAGUGGGGGAUUAAGGAGAAGGCAACAUGAACUGCGUAUGCAACAAUAUGUUGCUGAUUUUCUGUCUGUGCAAAUUACGGACUUGACACAGCCAAAAAAUAAACUGACAUCAGUGCCUUAAAUGCAACCACAAACCAAUGAAACACAAGGUUUUUUCAACUAUCAUUGCACUACAAGUGUGCAUAACUUUACUAAAAUCUCAACGUAUAUAAACACAUCAAUUGGAACUACCUAACAGAAGUCUAUAAGAUACUAUACACAUUCAGUAUUGUAUAAAAACACAAUUCUGAACAAUUCAAUCUAGUUCAUACGAAUCAACAAAUAUUUGGAGAAAAAAAAAUUUUAAAGUAAUGUCAUGUUUAGUUAAAACUUCAAUAUUUUAGAUGGGGUUCUCCUGUUCAAUUCAAAGUUUCCUGCGUUAAUCAUAUUG